UCGCUGCCGCGGGCUCCCGGCCGGGCGGGACGCGGCUGCGGUCCGGGAUCUCCCUCCUGCCCGCUGGGCUGAGUGCCUGGGGCGGACCCGAGGGGCGGCGGCGGGCGCGGCCAGGCUGGGUGCACCCCAGCCGCAUGCCGGCUCACGGGACUAUUUUUCCUUCUUUUCUUUUCCUUGCCCCCGUUUCUGAGGAGACAGGCCCAGCCGUGGUGGGGAGCAGAGGAGAGGGCGCUGAGGCCUGCCAGCGCCCGCCGAGGAGCAGCGCCCGAGCUGCAGGGGCAGAAGGGAGCAGAGGGAAGGCGGUGAGGGCACUGAGAGCGCUCAUGCACGCCCAGCAGCCCGGGGAACACCGGCACAGCCCGGCCGUGCGCACCGCGGUACCGCCGGACAGCGGGGCUACGCUACAGCUGUGUGCAGCUGUGCACAAAGUCGCUUCCACUCAAAGGUACGAAAAGAAACAAAGCGCAUGAAAGGAAGGAAGCGCCGUCAGCGCUCAGCAGCCAGGAGACCGUGGGGACAGGGACCUGCCACUUCCGCGAUGCUGCGCAGGAGGUUUGUCUAAAGUACUCCUUUAGUUAUGAAAAAAGACCAGGCCUUAGUAUUGUAAAUGUUGAUCCCUGGGUGAGAUGCUGGUUCUCAGCAUGAAAGGCAGAGCUGCCCGCGGUGCGUGGGAAGCGGCGGGCGCGCAGCAGCCGCGUCCCCGUGACCGCUACAAACACGCCUGUGCUGCCUGCAGAGGGUUUGUUUAUCUCUACGGAGGGCGCGGCAGCACCACGCUGAGCGACUUCUGGAGGUACCACACAGUGAAAAAUGAAUGGGAAAUGUUGGAUUGCUCAAGAGAUGGUCCAGAAGAACUGGAAGAACAUUCAAUGGUGGCUUAUAAGGGCAGCCUGUAUAUUUUUGGUGGGAUGGUGGAUUCUGCUUUCACACAAGCAAAAACUCCUCUCUGGAUAUAUGACAUUGUUAUCAGAGGUAACCUGCUGGAAGAAAGAAAAGCCUCAGAAUAUAUUUUAAAGGAGAAAGCAUCUUAUUACUCCCAGUACUUACCAGUGGAAAUUGGAAAUGAGCUGUUCAACAUAGAUUCUGCAAGAUGGACAGAGAGCUGCAACGAACCAGCAGAGACGGAGAGCUCUGCACCAGCUAACAGAAAAGGUCACAGUGCAGUCGUGUACCAUUCCAGCAUGUACAUUUAUGGGGGAUACUUUGGCAUCAAAGGCAUUUCUCAGGAGUUUUGGGAAUUCCAUUUUGAUACAAGGAAGUGGUUGUGUGUCUCCAGCCCCUGUCACAGCAGCGGCCCCGGAGCUCGGCACGGCCACUCAGCAGUGGUUUAUCACACAGCCAUGUACCUCUUUGGGGGGCUGAUGGGGCUCACUGAACAGAGGGACUUGUGGAGGUGGGACUUUGGAAGCAGCAGCUGGUCCAGCAUCAGAACAAGCCAAGGACCUCCUCCGCUGGUAGGUCAUGCUUCAAUAGUCUGCAAAGACUCUAUGCUGAUUUUUGGUGGAGGGAUUUCAAAUUCCAGCCCUAAUGAUGACCUCUGGAAGUAUCAUUUCCAUACACAGACUUGGAAGAAGCUCAGUAGUACUACAAAGGGAAACUUUUCUCCCAAAAUGUAUCACUGCAUCUUAGGAAUUGGUGCAGAUUUCCAAACUACCUCAGAUUUCAUUGAUACAUUCCCCACUCACUGCGAGAGUGAGCAGAAGGACCAUCCCCAGCUGGUGCCCAUCCCGAGGCACUUUGGCUUUUGCAGCUACUUCUGCCCACAGACCACAGAGCGGAGCAAUGCCAUUGAAAUGAAAACCUUCAGCCUGCCCCUGGAGCCAGCAGAAUUCCCUGCCUUCCAGACCACCUCAGAGGCAGGACUAGGCCCAAACAGAGACAGGAGCUGUUUGUCCAAGGACAAAUCUCUCCAUCUGUUGGCUUGUUCGGGAGAGGCUUUAGCUGCUGCUCAGGCUCUGGGUGAAGAGGAGAGAACCAGCUGUGGGUGUGCGGCCACAGGGGGUGAGAGCAGCUGUACCAACACACUGCUGCUCAUCGGGGGCAAACCUUUGUCCAGCUUCUCUGACAUCUCCUUCAGGCAAAUGGAGUUUGAUUGCUUGUGAUUGCUUUGCUUGCAAAGUGAAGGAAUAAAUUUCCACCACCGUGGCAGUAGGUGGAAAACCAACUGCUUGCAACUGUCUUCAGCUUCCUAUCAGCAUGCUGGGGAAAAAAAUAAUUAAACCUUCUCAUACUUGCUGCGAACAGAUUUUUUACAAUGUUAACAAAACCUGACAUAUAUUUAAGUCACAACUUGCAUGUAAGUUGUGAUUUCUGGGAGGAGCUUGUUGGAAUGCUGCUCUUUUUGUUACUUUUCUCCUGGUCACUUCAUACCCUUUCAAAUUGCAAUGGCCAAUGCUGCCUUGAAAAUCAGAAUGGCAGUAGCCCAUACUGGCUCCACAAGAUGCCAUUUCAGGGGCAAAGCUUGCUCAUCUUGCACUGGCAUAAGAUAGAAACACAGUCACAUUUGAGGGAUUAAAUUAUUCUUAAUAGGAAUGUUCUCUAAGAUUUUAAAGAUUUUAUAUUUUUGAGUGUUAUUUGCACAAUAUACUUGCAACAUGAGAUGGCCUGUGACAAAGGAACCCAACAGAUAAAUCAGCAACUGAAUUCUAGAAGAUAUUCAAGGAUUGUGUAUAACCUUGAGGAAGUGAAACAAUGAGUGCUCCCUGAAAAUCAUCAGCAAGGACCAGAGAAAGGGCAUUAUACCUGUAAGAACAAAGGAUGUACCAAAUGAGUGUUGGCUUUAAUGACUAAAUGAAUGAAUCAAAAUGUUUUGAUUUCCCACAGUGGGGUGGGGAGGGAACAGAAAGAGGAGGGCUUGAUGGAGUGGCACAAAACAUGGGCUGUUUGGACUGCUUGCUCAUAUUUUAGCCACAAAGGGAUUUCUGCUUUUCCAACUCCAUCUCUCUUCUAUCACCCUAUGUAGUACUUGUUACACAUGUCCCCUCUGUACCAGUAAAUUCUGAGCUCAUAUAUGUUUUUAAUUUGCUGAAAAGAAAAAUUGCUUGUUUUGCAAGGUAAUAUUAUCCAGCAUUCAAAGCAUUUAUUUCCAUAGAAGUUACUAAAUACUGGCCUUCUGACAGAACAUCAGCUUACUGUCUGUAAGAGCUGCUGGUAUCUGAAAUUACCUUAAAGUGUAAGUUGCCAAAUAUUUGAAAAGUUCACUUUUCAAGUGUCAUGGGAACAAUGCCUUUCAAGCCAUUUACAGAUUUCAAGAAUAUUUACAGAUACUUUCAUCAUCUCUUCAUAAGUAACUGUCACAUGAAUUCAAUAGGAAAAUUAUAGACGGAUUUGCAAAAAGCUACCUAGGAGUUAUUUGGACCAUCCAUGACCCUUACCUGGAAACAGAGAUGAUUGUACACUGCCAUGUGAAUAAAGCCUGCUCUGUUUCCUAUCACUGUGUGCUCAUUUUCACCUUUAUGAGUCUAAAAUAUGUGUUUGAGCUUUCAAACUGAACAAAAAACCUUACCUUUCUGACCAAGGAAUGAGAUUCUGCAAGUCCCAGUCAUUUUCUUGCAUUUCAGCUGGCUUCGAGGGCUGCCCAGGCUUUGAAUUUCUCCUCCUAGAGCAAGAAUUUCCCAGUUUGCAGAGGUUUGUUUGGGACAUCAAUACAGUGACUGAGCUGAGCAUGUACUCAGCGCUGCACUCUUAGAUCAGCAGCUUGUUUUCCUUGUGCUGACUGACAUGUCUGUUUUGGCAUUAUCCUGAGAGCUGCCGUAACAUACAGCCUUUUAUCUAGGAUUGACAAGGGAAGGAAAUUUAACUGGAAAGGGCAACAAUAAACCAGUGAAUUUUCCAAGUCACAUGAGGGCCUCCUGGCAGGUAGCGGUAUCCUGGGGAUGUGCGAGAGCCCCAGGAAAAUGCCAUCCAGCCUCUGCCAUUCCUUUCUUCCUGCCCCCUCAAACUCUCUUCCCUUUGGCAGCCCCACGAAGGGUUUAACAUUUACUCAGAGCCAACGCAGACGGGACACGAGCCAGCCCAAAGGCAAUGGCUUGGCACGGGCAGGAAAAAGCAGCUUGGAGCGUGCCCAUCUCCCCUGUUCCCUCCCCUGGGCUCUGCCCGUGUGCCAGGUCAGGUGGGGGCACCGGCAGCACCACACCCACCCUGUCCCCUGAAAGAUGCCAAACCUCUCGAGCCAGCCCUAAGGGCCCCGCGCUGUUCCCUGCCCCUGUACAGGACAGGAGGAGAGCAGGGGCUUGGGAAGGGCCUGGCUGGAGGGAUGGGGGGCUCAGGGCUGGUUCCUGGGAGGCUCAGCCACAGUUGGCCCCAGCAAUGCUGUGCAAGGGGAGACAGCCCUGAUCCUGAUGUGUGGCUCUGUGCUACAGCAGCUUUGCUGGAGCCACCGGAGGCUCUGUCAACCCUUGGGGCCCAUUCCCAGGUCUUGAAAAAAAAAAGGGUGAGCUCAAGUUAGAAGGGAAGGGGGUUUGGGAUUUGAAGUGACUGCAUCCCAAAAAUGCCCAGAGCAGUGUCUGCCACCUCAGUCCACUCUGGGCAAGCACAACCCAUAUUUCAGGUACCCUCCAGUGUCCAGACCUAGGGACACAAUCCUUGCUCAUGCCACUGUGACACUUCCUGGGUCAUAUCCCCCUUUCAGACCUCAGCCAGUGCUAUCAGCUACACAAAAAAGGGUUCACAGAGCACCUCACGCCUCUUUUCCCACCGCAGUCACCUUUUCAGAGAGGAAGGAAAGAGCCUUUGUGGAUGUGUUUAAGAUAUUUCUCCAUAACUGUAGUAAGUUAAUGAGAAUUCAUCCCAGGCCCAAGCAAGUGACUAAAAGGUGCUGCCAUCUGAAAGCUCGGUGGUGGCCUGCAUGAAAUAAUGAAUGGAAUUACUCCAGCUAGAGGCCAAUAUUUAGAAACAAAACAAAACACACAAUUUUUAGCUGGGACUGAAGGGGCUGCCACUGAUGCUGUUCUAAAUAUCUCUGAAAAGCAGGGAACCUUGCACAUAUCUGAGAUGCUCACAGAAAUUCAAUCCACAGAACAAAAACAAAAGGAUGCAGCAUUCUUGGCAACCUCAUCUGAGACACAAGAUGCGCUGUUGUAUCAUAAAUUGUAUAUAAGGGAACAAAUUGAUCAUUGCUAAGCACCUCAACAAACUCAUUGUCUUUAACUGACAUUUAGUUUCUGAGCAUUAAAAUGUGUGAAUGGCAGAAAUAUUUUCUUCUAAAUUCUUCAAAGGAGGUUUUUUCAGUUAAUAGUAGAAAAACCUAGAGGUUUCAUUGUUUUAAGUUGCAAGUGGAUUUGAAGAACAACUCAGUGAUUUAUCAGUGGGAUCACAAUUUGACCUACACAGCAAAUUAUGCCACAAGAGUAAUUAUUUCUUUUGAUCUUAGUCAUUAGGAUGGAGUAAUUUUUCUUCCUUUUGAUACUUUCCAAAUAGUUUUUGAGAAACAAAGAUGAUCAAAGGGUUUAGUUCCCUUUUGCUGCCUUCUUUAGCAUUUAGCCAGUCAGGGCUUGGGAGCAAACAGUUUCCUUUAAACAAUCAUUAAUGCUGCUGUACUUGAAAACACAGCCCAGCCCCUUGCUGGAGACAAGAGUGAGGGCUCUCAGUUAACUGGCCUGCACUGGAACCACCCCGGGCAGCUCGGGCUCUUCUUCGGGGCACACACCUCGGGACUGGUUUGCAAAGGCACUGGACACCUGACAGUCCUCCUGGCCAAUCUCAGCUCUUUUGGAAAAAAGGCAUUUCAUUCUUUAGCAUCUACCUGCAAGCUUAGGUGCUGCUUUAAGCUAUGCUUUAACUGACAACAGGCUAAGUUUA